GCAUGUGGGAUCUUCCUGGACCGGGGCACGAACCUGUGUCCGCUGCAUCGGCAGGCGGACUCUCAACAACUGCACCACCAAGGAAGCCCCUAUUUCACUUUUUAUGGUGAGAAAUAAACCCAGGAAGGGUAAGGAUUACACCACAAGUACAUGGUAGAGCCAAGAGCUGAGCCCUGGUUUCUUGACCCCCAGCUUCUGCAUGUUUUCUGCCAGAUGAUUCUGUGGUCCCCACACCUUGGUUUCUAACUACAGAUGCAAAAAGAAUAGAUGUGUAGAUGGAUAGUUAGAUAGAUGGAUACAUGGGCGUACCUCAGACCAAAUAAAUCAGAAUCUCUGAAAAUGAGGCCAGGUUUGGGAACUACUGCUGCACCCUGUGUUGGCAGAAGCAAACCUAAAUCCAGCCCACCAGCCCCAGCUUCGUCCAUCUCGCUUCACUGGUCCAGCAGAGCUGAGAGGCAACAAGAUGUAUCCUGGACUCUGACACAGGAGAAAGAAAGAGGACAGGGAUGACAGUUCCUUGGUAAUGUCCAGGGCUUCAGGAAGAGAUGUCUUUGUGGCUGGAGGCCCCUGUGCCUGAUGUUUCUCCUGACUGUGCAGUGGAGCUGUGGGAGCCAGAUGCACGAGAUGCAAGCAGCCAGCCUCUGGGAAGCAGCAGCUGUACCCUCAGGGAGGAAUCUAGCACACCCCAAUCCGCUGGGAGCACUUCACGGGUGGGGCUGGAGGCAACAGAGCCCACAGCCCUGCUCCCCGGGGUGGAGGCCCCUCCAGAGUCCACAGAGCUUCGUCCACAAAAGCGGAAAAAGGGGCCAGCCCCCAAAAUGCUGGGGAAUGAGCUGUGCAGUGUGUGUGGGGACAAGGCUUCCGGCUUCCACUACAACGUGCUGAGCUGCGAGGGCUGCAAGGGAUUCUUCCGCCGCAGUGUCAUCAAAGGGGCGCGCUACGUCUGCCACAGUGGGGGCCACUGCCCCAUGGACACCUACAUGCGUCGCAAGUGCCAGGAGUGCCGCCUUCGCAAAUGCCGCCAGGCCGGCAUGCGGGAGGAGUGUGUUCUGUCAGAAGAACAGAUCCGUCUGAAGAAACUGAAGCGGCAAGAGGAGGAACAGGCUCAGGCCACAUCCGUGCCCCCGAGGGCUUCCUCUCCGCCCCAAGUCCUGCCCCAGCUCAGCCCAGAGCAGCUGGGCAUGAUUGAGAAGCUGGUGGCUGCCCAGCAGCAGUGUAACAGACGUUCCUUCUCAGACCGGCUUCGAGUCACGCCUUGGCCCAUGGCACCAGAUCCCCAGAGUCGGGAGGCCCGUCAGCAACGCUUUGCCCACUUCACGGAGCUGGCCAUUGUCUCUGUGCAGGAGAUCGUUGAUUUUGCCAAACAGCUGCCGGGCUUCCUGCAGCUCAGCCGGGAGGACCAGAUCGCCCUCCUGAAGACCUCUGCAAUUGAGGUGAUGCUUCUGGAGACAUCUCGGAGGUACAACCCUGGAAGUGAGAGUAUUACCUUCCUCAAGGAUUUCAGUUAUAACCGGGAAGACUUUGCCAAAGCAGGGCUGCAGGUGGAGUUCAUCAACCCCAUCUUUGAGUUCUCCAGAGCCAUGAAUGAGCUGCAACUAAAUGAUGCUGAGUUUGCCUUGCUCAUUGCCAUCAGCAUCUUCUCUGCAGACCGGCCCAACGUGCAGGACCAGCUCCAGGUAGAGAGGCUGCAACACACAUAUGUGGAGGCCCUGCAUGCCUACGUCUCCAUCCACCACCCCCAUGACCGACUCAUGUUCCCACGGAUGCUAAUGAAACUGGUGAACCUCCGGACACUGAGCAGUGUCCAUUCAGAGCAAGUAUUUGCGCUGCGCCUGCAGGAUAAAAAGCUUCCCCCGCUGCUCUCUGAGAUCUGGGAUGUGCACGAGUGACCGAUCUUCCGCUGUAUCUUCUGUUUUCUGAGCUGGAUGGCUGAGGCUGGUGGCUGCCUCCUAGAGGUGGAACCGACUGAGAAGGACAAACAUUCCUGAGGGCUGGGCAAAGGAGAUCCUCAAGUGGCAUUAAAGGAGAGUCAAAGGGU